AUGAGCACGCCAACACAGACGGGAUUGACGAAACUCGGUCUCUUCCGAGCGUAUUGGCUUGGGACUGUCGCAUGUAUCGGAGGAUUUCUAUUCGGAUAUGACAGUGGCAUCGUCGGAUCGACGAUAACCCUCGCCUCCUUCGUCGAGGACUUCCGCUACGGCUCCGGCGACGCCACACGCGUCAACUCCCUCACCGUCGGCAUCCAACAAGCAGGCGCCCUUGUCGGCUGCUUCCUCGUCUGGCCGCUCACCCACCGCUGGGGCCGCCGCGGCGCCAUCGUCAUCUGCUCCUUCGUGUUCUGCAUCGGCGCGCUCAUCCAGACCAUCAACACGCACUCCCUCCCCGCCUUCUACGUCGGCCGCAUCGUCGCCGGCCUUGGCCUCGGCGGCUCCUCCGUUAUCGUGCCCAUGUUCACCGCGGAGAUGGCGCCGAAGGAGAUCCGCGGGCGCCUAGCAAGCUUUUACCAGCUCAUGUACACCGUCGGCAUCUUCCUGAGCUACUGGGUUGUGUACGGCGUGUCAAAGAACAUGGCGCCGUCGACAAGGCAGUGGCAGAUUUCGGUGGGACUGCAGUUAAUCCCAGCGGGAUUGCUGGGAUUGGGCAUGCUGACAGUGAAGGAGAGCGCGCGGUGGCUGAUGCGGAAGGGGAGGCGGGAUGAGGCUUGGGCAUCGCUGCAGUGGGUGCGCGCGGAUAGCUCGCAGGCGACGCACGACGAGCUUUUGGAGAUCGAGAACAACGUCGAGGACGAGAAACGUGCGACGGCAGGCCUUACCGUCAUCGAGUUGCUGGAAUGGAACAACCUCAAGCGGUUCCUCAUUGCCGCGGGCGUUUUCCUGUGUCAACAGUCCGUCGGGAGCACAGCUUUGGCCUACUAUGGACCGCAAUUCUUCAAGCUCCUCGUCGGUCCAGGAGACAACAACAUCCUCCUCUCUGGCAUCUUCGGUGCCGUGAAGAUCGUGGCCUGCGCCCUCUUCGUAUUCGUCUUCUCCGAGAGGAUGGGCAGGAAAGUCGCCCUCGCAGGAGGCGCGCUCGCCAUGUCAGCGUGCAUGGUCACCAUCGCCGCCGUCGUGAAGACCAAGCCUCCUCCAGGUGGUGGCGUGGUCACCUCGUCCGGCAUCGCCACCAUCGCGCUCCUGUACAUCGACAUCAUGAUCUACAACUUCUCCUGGGGACCACUACCCUGGGCGCAGGUCACCGAGCUCUUCUCCCCUCGCAUCCGCGAAAUCGGCAUGGGCGUCGGCGUCGGCUCGCAGUGGCUCUUCAACUUCGUCUACUCCUUCUCCGUCUCCUACAUGAUCGACGGUAUCGGCUGGGCGACCUUCCUCCUUUUCGGCAUCUUCGACAUCUUCAUCGCGUUGUUUACCGUCGCUGUACUCAAAGAGACGCGUGGGCUGUCGAUGGAGGAGGUGGACCGUUUAUACUUUUCUGGGAAGACGCCCGAGCGGUCGCCGUCGCCAUCCGUGUCAAAAGACUCGCUUGAGCGUGUCACGGAGUCGGAGGUGGGGAAGUAG